AUGAGUGACAAUCACCCUGGAGGGUUUCCUCCAAUCUCGGGCUUAGGACCUCAGGGUUCUUCAAUGCCUCCGGAGAAUGUCCAUCUUCCUACUACUGCUGGAAGCCCUGCCGCCUCUCUGGAGCCCCAGCACUCUGAAACUCGUCCAGCGAUUGUCGAGCACGAGGCUCCUGUUGGGAGCCCCUCUGACCCUCUGCAGCAUCUUGACUUUGACGGUUGGAAGGCUCGUAAUUUCCGCGCAACCGUGUCGAGUGUCCAACUUCCUGACUGGGUGACUGCUCCAUUGCCUCCUCGGGGUCCUCCUCACCCAUUGGGAUGCCUUCAUCUUCCAGACAGCGAGAAUCCUUACGUUGUCGAUCAAGCCUUGGGGCCUCAGAGCAUCGGCAUUCCGCCAGUUCGCAGUCGCCUUAGUCUGUAUUUCCCUCCACCUGGACUUCCAAAUCCUUAUGUAUCCAGCCUGGGACCUCGCGAUGAUCAUCCUUCGAGCUCUCAAACACCUUCUGGUGCACUGCAAUACGGAUCUCAGGGUAGGAACACUCUGCAGACCACCGGCUUCGAUCCUUUUGCUCACGCCCAUCCUGAUCCUGGUCCAAUCUCCCGUCUCCAUGGACAUCCGAAUCCUUAUGCACCCAGCCUGGAACCUCUUGAUGAUCAUCCUUCGAGCUCUCAGGCACUUUCUGGUGCAUCGCUUCAUGGGGCUCCGGCUACGAACAUUCGGCAGUCAACCAACUACGACGGUCCUAGUUACUCUCAUCGCGGUCUGGUCUCACGUCAAUUCGAACUUCCGGGUCCUUACCCAGCUCGUGAUCCCCAUUCGUGGUAUUCGACAUCUUCAAAUGCCGGGCCCUAUGAAGUUCAGGGUAUGAGAACUCCGCAUACUACCCGCAUCGAUCGUUCUGGAACCGCUCAUUUUGGUCCAGUACUUCCUCCGCCUGGAAUUGCGAGCUCUCACGCUACCUUUGAUGCCCCCUCGGAGUCCCAAUCAACUCAUGGUGUAUGGCCUCGACGAACUCGUGGUACGGACGCUAUAUGGACCCCGACCCCCAAUCGCCCCGACUCCACUCGCCGUGUUCUAACCCUUCCUCCUGGUGUACUCCAAAAUCUUUAUGCUACUCGCGAUUCCCCUGUUCAGUACCAGGCAUCGUCUACUACACUACCUCAUGGACACCAUACUAUGGACAUCCAUCAGAUUGCCAGCUUCGAUCGUCCUGGUCCGGCCUACCCCCAGCCCGGCCAUACUGUUCGUAACUUGGCUCCACCCGAUCUUGGUGACACUCGCUCAAACCGCCCUGGUGACAUUGGCCCUAACCGUCCUGGUGGCAUUGGCCCUAACCGCCCUGGUGACAUCCGCCCUUCUCGCCCUGGCCGAUUCCGUGGAGGGGCUGCCCCUCAGGCUCGGGUUGAGCGGCACGUGUCUCGCCCACCAAAGGAAAUCGAAAACCCCACUCGUCACUAUUUGGUCAGAGGAAUUGAUACUGAUGUCGAAAGUUGGACCGUGCUGGCAGCCUUCGAGCUGUUCACUUCGACUAUCGGCCCUUUCCUCACGGAAUUGAACACCAAGGGUCAAAUUCACAUCGGAUUUGACGAUGCUGAGGAAGCAACACAAGCUGUCGCAUUGUUUAGCAAUUUCCCAGAGUGGGAAAUUCGGUCCUUGUCAAAGCAGCAAUUCGACCAACAGACCAGAUUCGCCUUCCCUAUGCCCCAGGAUCUUGGUGACACGGUAUUUGCUACUCUGUACUGCGGCCCCCACACGGAGGUCGUUUCUUCAAGCGCAGAGCAAUAUGCUAGGCAAUUCCUUGCAAUGGUUGGACCCAUUCGUUCUAUUCGCAAUGUGACUUCCCACGUCAUCGAUGAUACUGGGGUGGCUCGAUUCUACCAGCUUGAGGUUCGAUAUCACAUGGUCCGGUCGGCAUACAACGCUAUUAAGGCACUCAAUGGAGUUCGACUUGAUGGACUCAAAAUUGAAGUAAUGCCCUAUGCGGAUGGCACUCACUUCGCGACCUCGACUAGAGCUCGCACUGACUCCGAACAGACCGUGAUGGCGAGGGAAACCGGCCAGCGUGCACCAAGGGCCCCUGGCCACCGCCCUGGCAACAACGUGAUCUCGAUGGACGAGAUCUUGUCCGGCCAUGACGUCCGAACGGCCGUCAUGUGCCGAAACAUCCCACACGGGAUGGUCUGGAGGGAGCUCAAGGCCAUCCUGGACCUGAGUAGCGCUGGGCGCUACAACUACCUGUACCUCCGAAUCAACUUCGGAGCAAACGUGAACGUGGGAUACGCGUUCAUCAACUUCAAGACACCUGCCGACCUGGCGGUGUUCGUUCGCGCCCGCGUGGGGCGUAUCUGGCCCGGUUUCGAGCAAUUCACUGGAAGAAUUGCCGAAUUCACCUAUGCCGAUGUCCAGGGAUUCGACACCCUGGUUGAGCGAUUCCGGAACAGCCCGGUAAUGCUCAACUUGCCGGACCGGCGGCCAAAACUGUUCCACACCCAGGGACCCAAGACCGGUGAGGAGGCCGUGUUCCCCCAGGUCAACAAUUUCUACACCCUAGCAGCGGGUGUUCAUCGCAGCCAGACAGAAGCUGGUCUGCACUAGGGCGAAAGCCCCCAAGCCACUCGCAGAGGUGCCCCCCGAACCCCUGCAACCCGUCAAGCGGCCCCGGCGGAGGAUGACCAGGCCAACUGAGCGGCGGAACUUGCCCAAGGCCCGGGCUCGACAUACCCGUGGCUGAGGGAUACAAAAUUUGUCGGAGUGUGGUUUGUGGAAUUCUUUGCUGCUGCGGCAUGCGGUUUCUGGUUUCUGGUUUCUGGUUUUUAGUUUGUCUUAUUUUUAGUUUUUCGAUGAAUCUACGAUCUGGGACCGGUUCAAUCUUAGUUGAACUCUGGGGGAUUUUCGGCGGCUUCGGUUGCUGUGAUUUCCUGUUGAGAUGAACUGGCUGUGACCCGG